UUCUUCCUUGUACAGUAGCUUAUGGCUAUAAUAAAAUGAAUCGGUAAUGUACUUUGACCUGUGCUACCUCUCAUAUUCGACACCCCUACACGGGACGAGUUUAACCUGGGAAGAGGCUUAGUAGAGGACUUCACCUGGACGACGGAACAGCACCUAAAGCUGCACCGGACGGGAACAUUCUCUUCUCUGAUCCGCCGAUUGAAGACUAUAUAAGCCGCAGUUGCCGGGAGAGAACGUCGCGAUCUCAUGAACUGUAGCGAUAAAAGAUGUCUCAUCAUGUCACGGAAGCAGAAGAUCCACAAUUACACCGAUGCUGCACAUUCUGCCGUAAACUUCUGUUGCUUCUAAUAGUCUUUCACGUACAUCCGCGUUCCAGCUCGUCAGACUUCACUGUCGAUCAGCACUUCUGCUUGGAUCCCGGUUUCCCUCUGCAUGGACACCGGACCCCAGAUUCUGGAGUGUUCUUUGAGGGUGCUGUGGCCCGGUUCUCCUGCGAAGAGGGGUUCUGGCUCCAGGGACUGGCAAAGAUCGUGUGCACUCAGCUCAAUUCUGGGUCUAUGGUCUGGAUGCCAAGCGGUAAACCACUGUGUCGUAGAGAAGCUUGUCAGGUCCCACACAUAGUGGAUGCUGAGGUUCAGAAUAAAACCUACAGACCCGGUGAUCAGCUGAUUGUCAGCUGCCACGAGGGCUUUCAGAUCCGGUACCCAGACACGGACAUGAUGCAGUCAGUCUGCCAGGACGACGGGAGCUGGGACAACCUGCCCACCUGCCAAGGCUGCAUGUGCCCUGUGGUCCCUCCCCACAGCUAUGUGAACAUCUCAGAGGCAGAGUCCUCCCUGCCAGUGGGGACAGUGGUGCGCUACCAGUGUUUCCCGGGAUACAAGCUUGAUGGCGUGGAGCUGUUGGAGUGCAUGUACAACCUCAUCUGGUCUGAUGUCCCACCCCGAUGUAUUGAUGUGGAAGUGUGUCCGCUGCCUCUGAUGGUGGAGCAUGGAGACUACAUUUGCCACCCCCAGAACUGUGACAGGUACAUCCAUGGGACGGUGGUGGAAUUCUACUGCAACCCAGGCUACUCCCUGACCAGUGACUACAUGUACAUCACCUGCCAGCAUGGUCGUUGGUCACCCCCUGACAUCCAUGUGUACUGCAACAAGUCAGGGCCUUCCUGGCCAAGCCUCCCAAAUUCCAGCCUGACAACAUGGAAGAUGGUAGUGCUCACAGCCACCAGUGUGUUGCUGGGGUUGUUGCUGGUCAUUGUGGCCCGGAUGUUCCAGGUUGGCUGUAAGGUGCAGUGCAACCCCAGCUUUCCCAGGGAUCACCAGCAGAAUGACCCCGAUGUCUUGGUGGUGAACGGCGUUCCCGUGCUGCUGCCUACGUACGAUGAAGCUGUAAAUGGAGGCAGCUUCCCGUUUAACAGCGACCUGCCCCCUGCUGGUCCAGGGGACUUGUUGCACUCCGAGGAGUCAGGACCUCCUGCAUACCCUGGCCACGAGGGCAUCCGGCCCAAUGGCUCCAGUGAAACGUGCCCCUCGGAGAGUCUCUCUGGCCAAAAUGCCAGGGGGAUGUCACAUGACUCCAGUGAAAUAGUCCACUACGAGAGCCCUUCCUGCUACUCAGAGUGCCUCCACAGGACUCUACCAUCAUACCCUGGAGGGCUACAUUCCAUGUCGGAGGGUAACGAAGCCAGAGGCUCCAGCAUGGACACAGCCUCCACCAGCCCCAGUGUGGACAUAGCAGAUGAAAUUCCACUCGUGGAAGAAGUGGAGAACUCUUAGUGUAAUCAGCGUGGAAAUUCAAAAGAUUUUUUUACAUUUUAUUUUACGUUGAAUAUAUCUGAAGCAUACAGGUAAAAGCCCUUCGGCUUAGUUUUAUGGAACCUUUUUUCCUGCCUAUCAUUUUUCCAGUAAAUUCCUACACUCCAAUUAAGGUCUUCGGAAUGAACUCCACAGGAGCAAAACACCACAGGUCCCACAGAAGAAUGAAGCAAUACAAGCACCUGCAGCUGAAGGUCUUUAAAAAAACUAUGCACCUUGUUCAGACUUGGUUCCUGCUUUGCAUCUGUUGCUUUGCUUUGAAAAAAAAAAAAAAAAAAGAUGCACCAAAGAUUACAGAAAGUACUGCCGUUUUCCGGAAUCUUCCAACAUCAUCCAUUGAGACCAGUCAGCAAGUUCUUUGAUCCAUUUGUCUAUGGUUUGUCAUCAUGGAACACUGGAGCAUUUCUGAUUGGAAAUCUCCCUCAAAUCUGACACUUAAGUGCUAAACAUGGACUGCACACCAAAAACAGCCGCAGCACGGGUGACUUCCUCGGUUAUUUUCCCUCAUGUCAAAACGUUCUAAAGAAAUGAUAUGGAUGAGACUAACUGGUGGUUUGGACAAUUUUCUGAUUUAAACUGAGGCAGGCAGUUCGCUUUCAGCUGAUAUAGUUUCAGAUUAACCUGUUAUGCCUUACUCUUACUAAUGCACAAGAUACAACCUAUUACAUAGACUCAAAGGCAAAUCAUUACUUACAGCAUGCCAGUCCAUGAUCUUUUUAAAGCUAUGGUGAAAGCUGUUUCGGGGAAAGUGAAAUUUGGUCGUAACAGGCUGCGCUUCUUCUAGUCUGAAAGCAAGGAGCCCCUGCUUCCUGUCAUGCACAGGCCAAUCUGAUGCUACUUCAUUCCUCUUCUAGUCAUAUUCACCACUCGACAGAGGCCCACCUCCCAUCUGUCAACAUGGCCAUUUUUUCCUCCUAUACCACUUGCCUGUGCCCGGAUUAAAGUUAGCAGCAUUCUCUCUCACUGACACCCACCCAAAAUGGGGCCACUGGCCCAAAAUUGAAGCAGACACAUUGAUUGGUUUGUUUGUACACCCUAUAUCGGAGUCAGAUCAAUAUUAGCAAUGACUGCGCUGAAAGACCUUGGCUACAUUCUGACCUUAAUAAAAGCUUGGAAAUUUGUGGAAAGGCAAAGCUAACUAGCUAGUCAGCAAUAAAUACAACUUAAUGCAGAGCUAGCUUGUUACCCAAUUUAACAAUGAUUGGUGCUAGAAAGUAAAUGCUAAUACAUAGACAGCUACCUACUCAGCAAGUAAACCAGAAAUAUUAGUUACAAAGCAGAUCAGAAUCCCCGGUAGGUAGCCAGCAAGUUAACUGCAGUACAUUUAUUGCAGGCUAAAAAGAUAUUGCCAAUAAUAGGUUUACCUUUCAUUUCUCCCCCUAUAUCAACUGUAAUACUUACUACUUAAGAGGCCUUAAGUAAAGGGUAUAUUACAAAUAAAAAGACUAAAGAUUUACAGCAACGGUUCAUCAAGUCACUUUGGCAUAAAUUAAUCAUGAAAUACUUUCAGAAUAAUGCGAUUUAUUCUGUAAAUUCUUUUGCAUACAUCCUUACAGCCUUGCAAUCCAAAUGCUAGCUCUCCCGGUCGGAGUCACAAAUACUUGAGUAUCAGCACAGACAAACUGAGAAUACUGGCUUUACCCAUACCAUAUUGUUUGGAUUAUAAUAAAAUCACACUUUUGCCCAUAUUGAUGGAAAGGAUAUGAGCUAUAGGUAAUUACUAAACAAAAUAAUUAUUUUUCUGGACUGUGUGAAAAAGAGUGCAGCCACGUUUUCUUUUUUCUUUUUUUUGAACAGGUGAUGUUUACUACUGGUGAGUGUGUGGAUGGUUAAACUUUUAAGUGCAUGUGAGUCAGUGGCAUUUUACCUUAAUGCAGACACGUGUGAUGUUCUACCUAUAUUAUUGCAGACGAAUAUGCAGAUGCUUUAUUUUAAUGCAGUUGAGCACAUGGAUGCCAAGUGAGGGCAUAAGUGAUCCAUUUCUUUACAGUUUGCAGAGGAAAAUGGAUGCAAUACAUACUACAUGUAACAUGUAAAACGUGCAAAGCAGGGAGUACCUAUGGAGAUUCAUACUGUGUGUUGCUGUGGACAAUGAACACGAAAGACUCUGAUAGUAAAAGGACUUUCUUUA